AUGAGUCAUCAGAAUGUCGGGAUUAGAUUUCUCUCUCUCUCUCUCUCUCUCUCUCUCUCUCUCUCUCAAUUAAUCUACGUUUCUAUUUCUUACUAUCUCGCCGGAUUUUCUCUUUUCUCUCCCCCACUCUCUCUCUUGAUUUUUCUCUUUUAUUUCUCUCUCUCUCUCUCUCUCUCUCUCUCUCUCUUCUCUCUUUCAAUUAAUCUACAUUUCUUUUUCUUACAAUCUCGCCGGAUUUUCUCUUUUCUCUGCCCCCUCUUUCUCUCUCUUUCUUCUCUCUUUCAAUUAAUCUACGUUUCUUUUUCUUACAAUUUAUCCCUCAGGUUUCUCUCUCUCUCUCUCUCUCUCUCAAUUAAUCUACGUUUCUUUUUCUUACAAUUUAUCCCUCAGGAUUCUCUCUCUCUCUCUCUCUCUCUCUCAAUUAAUCUACGUUUCUUUUUCUUACUAUGUCGCCGGAUUUUCUCUUUUCUCCCCCCUCCCUCUCUCUCUUGUUCUCUCUCUCUCUUCUCUAUUUCAAUUAAUCUACAUUUCUUUUUCUUACUAUCUCACCGGAUUUUCUCUUUUCUCUCCCCCCUCUCUUUCUCCUCUCUUUCAAUUAAUGUACGUUUCUUUUUCUUACUGUCUAUCUCGUCGGAUUUUCCUCUUUUAUUUCUCUUUCUCUCUCUCUCUCUUUCUCUCUCUCUCUCUCUCUCUCUCUUUCAAUUAAUGUACGUUUCUUUUUCUUACUGUCUAUCUCGUCGGAUUUUCCUCUUUUAUUUCUCUCUUCCUUUCUUUCUUCCUUGUUGUUGCAGUUAUCAUUUCUUUGAUUCCUCAUCAAGAUGGGCGGUUUGUACCUCGUACAAGCACUGA